AUAACCUGAUCAAGUAGUCUGUGUGUACAACUGAUUUUGGCGGGGAGAAUUUAUUUUUUGUUUGUUUAUUUAAUAGUGCAAUUUUAAGAUUUAAUAUAUGUAUUACCAUUUCUCAAAUAAGCAAAUCAGUAAUUGGUCUAUUUGCUACUAUAAUCCCAUUUUAUUAUAUUUAAUAAUAAGUACCACAGUGCAAAACGUUUAUGUGCAGCAUAGAAUUUAGAAUGAUGUAAAUCAAUACUUAAUUUAUAAUGAUAUUGUUGCCUCGAAUUGCAUUUAUCUUUAGAGAGCAGCACUUAUAUUUUAAGUACAUAAAUAAAUGCCUCAUUAAUCAGCUACGGGGUAAAAACACAGAAACUAUGAAGUACCUUAAUGUUGCAGAAAAAAAUGAUGCAGCAAAAAAUAUUGCAUUGCAUUUAUCACGUGGAACUUCACGAAGGAGGGAAGGCUUAUCGCAAUAUAACAAGAUAUACGAAUUUGAAGCUGAAGUUUUGGGGCAAAAAAGCCAAAUGGUCAUGACAUCUGUAUCUGGUCACCUUCUAGCUUUGGAAUUUGUUGGUGCUUAUAAAAACUGGCAAUCUUGCAAUCCCCUUACACUUUUUGAUGCUCCAGUUUUCAAGUUUUGCCCAGAAAACUAUGAGAAAAUCAAGAAAACAUUGGAAAGAGAGGUCCGUGGUUGUCAAGGGCUUAUUAUAUGGACAGAUUGUGAUAGAGAAGGUGAAAACAUAGGCUUUGAGAUUAUAGAAGUAUGUUCUGCUGUUAAGAAUAACUUGAAGAUUUUCAGAGCAAAGUUCUCUGAGAUAACGGGAAUUUCUGUCAAAAGAGCUUUACAGAAUUUGGAACAACCUAACAAGAAUAUUAGUGAUGCAGUUGAUGUGCGACAGGAGCUGGACUUAAGAAUUGGUGCUGCAUUCACUCGGUUCCAAACACUACGUCUCCAAAAGGUUUUCCCGAGCACUCUUGCCCAGAGCCUUGUGAGUUAUGGUUCUUGUCAGUUUCCAACUCUGGGAUUUGUGGUGGAAAGAUAUAGAGCUGUUGAGAACUUUGUUGCGGAACCAUUUUGGAAAUUAAAGGUAAAUCACACAAUGAAUGGCUUAAGCGUCGAUUUCAAUUGGGAAAGGGUGAGGCUCUUUGAUCAAGAAGCUUGCCAGGUAUUACACGACAUAUGUACAGAGAGUCCUCUUGCUACGGUAACUGACGUCAAAACAAAACCUAAAUCAAAAUGGCGACCUUUGCCGUUAGACACUGUGGAACUUGAAAAACUGGCGUCAAGAAAAUUAAAAAUAAACGCCAAAGAAACUAUGAGAUUGGCGGAAAAGUUAUAUACCCAGGGUCUGAUAAGCUAUCCUCGUACAGAAACAAACGAGUUUCCAAAGGAAAUGAACCUGGGGCAACUGGUGGGUCUUCACACUAGCGAUCCCAAUUGGGGUGCGUUUGCGCAGAAUAUUUUGGAUAAUGGCGGACCUACUCCCAGACAAGGAAAUAAGAGUGAUAAGGCCCAUCCGCCUAUUCAUCCCACAAAAUAUACUAAUAAUUUAAGCGGCAACGAGCUACGCCUUUACGAGUUCAUAGUUCGUUCGUUUCUCGCCUGUUGUUCCAAAGACGCACAAGGCCAAGAGACCACAGCUACUAUUAAUAUUGCCAAUGAAGUAUUUUCAACCAGCGGGCUUAUGAUAACCGCGAGGAAUUAUUUGGACGUAUAUCCAUAUGAUAAGUGGUCGUCUAAGGAAAUUCAUGUCUACCAGUCAGGACAAACAUUUAACCCGUCAAGUAUAGAUCUCGUGGACGGAAGUACGUCACCGCCGAACUUAUUAACGGAAGCGGAUCUGAUCGCGCUCAUGGAAAAACAUGGCAUUGGUACGGACGCAACACACGCAGAUCACAUUGAGACAAUAAAAAAUCGAUCUUAUGUAGCAUUAGCAGAUGCCAUACAUUUCGUCCCAGGCCUGUUGGGUAUGGGGCUAGUCGAAGGAUAUGACGCGAUGGGUCUUAAUAUAUCAAAACCGCAUUUGCGGGCGCAACUUGAAGCCGAUUUAAAAGCGAUAUCCGAAGGAAGAAAGCAGCCACAAGCUGUUUUGGCAGAACAGGUUGCGAAAUACAGAGAAGUAUUCUUAACAGUUACAGCGGAAGCAAAUAAAAUAGAUGGCGCUCUUGCUGAGAGAUUUUCCGAAAGGCCGUUAGAGUAUACGCCCAGUGAAACUGGCUCUAAUAAUAUGCCCUCCGUGUUCAAAUGUCCGAAAUGUGGGUCGGAUAUGAUCCUGCGACAGAAGAAAAACAAUGCAGAUGAAUUCUACAUAAGUUGUAUGUCGUACCCAAAUUGCAAAAAUGCUGUCUGGUUACCUUCUAUUGUAAAAACCCUGCAAGUCCUACCAGACGCAUGUCUAACGUGUGGGCCGAAUUACAAAAAGGUCAAAUUCGAAUGGCGAAAUAAUUCAAUCAAUCACUUAUACCCGCCACCUUACACUGCAUGUAUUGGUGGUUGUGAUACAACUUUCUUAGAACUGCUCAGAAUAAACUUGAAUAGUGUCCGAUCUACACAAACUGAGAAUAACCAAAAUAUCUCCAAUAGAACAACCAAUAUUGCUAAUACAGGACAAAACAUUCCUAAUACAGGACAAAGUAUACGUAAUACAAGUCAGAAUUUACCUAAUACAAGACAAAUAAUACCUAAUACAGGACAAAGUAUACGUAAUACAAAUCAGAGUUUACCUAAUACAAGCCAAAACAUACCUAAUACAGGACAAAGUAUACGUAAUACAAAUCAGAGUUUACCUAAUACAAGACAAAACAUACCUAAUACAGGACAAAGUAUACGUAAUACAAAUCAGAAUUUACCUAAUACUAGACAAACACAGCCAAGGCAAUUUACUCCGCCUCUUAAUACAAAUAGGAGUCAAAUUCCUACGCAAAUAACUAGAUUACCAGUACCAAGAAAUGUGGGAAAUGGUCCACGAUUUCCAAAUCCAAAUCCUGGAGAUAGUGAUGAUAAUAAUGUUAUUUGUGGGUGCAAUAAACCGGCCAUUUUGUUGACUGUAAGAAAGCAAAAUGCAAAUUUUGGUAAGAAAUUCUACAAAUGCCAAGCAGGCAAAGACAACAAUGGUUGUGAUUUCUUUCUAUGGGCACCGGAAUCGAUAGAUUCUAACGUUCAAAGUGAUGUCUCGUGGGGCACUUCAAAUCCUGGAGAUUCUUGGGGUUCCUCUGCCCCAGGUAAUUCCAGGGGUACUUCCGCCCAAAAUGAUUCUUGGGGUACUUCUGCCCCCGGUACUUCCAGGGGCACUUCCGCCCAAAACGAUUCUUGGGGUACUUCUGCCCCUGGUAGUUCCAGGGGUACUUCAGACUCCGGUAGUUCAAGAGGUUGGGGCGUCGCACCGAGUUACAAUAGAGAUGACUUUCAACCCAAUGAAGAUAAUGUUAUGUGUGAAUGCGGGCUUCCGUGUAAAAAGAUAACUGUCCACAAAGAAGGUCCGAAUAAAGGGCGCCCCUUUUACGGCUGCCCCAAGGAGUUCAACAAACGAUGCAAUUUCUUUCAAUGGGCAGAUGGGGAAACUUCAACCAGCUCUGAAUGGGGAAGUAGUACCAAUAGAAGAGGCAGGGGUCGUGGACGCGGGGCCAGUACUUCUAGUUCGGAUAGUCGUAGAAAAUGUAGCGUAUGCCGACAAGAGGGACACACAAAAAACCGAUGUCCUAAUAAUCAAUAAAUACAAAUUCUAGAUUAAGCAUCGAUUUAUGUAUUAAGCUUAAACGUAUUAAUAAAACUACUUUUGUAUUAUUUGUGAUCGUUUAAGUAAAUUGUUUCGUUA